AUGCAGUCCGCCAGCUUUGCCCGGAGCGCCCUCCGGGCCGCGUGCCGGUCGUCGUCGGCGCGGCUGCCCGCCUACCGCGCGGCGCGAUUCAUGAGCAUCAAGGCCGAGGCUGCCUCCUCUGCCAAGCACCAGCCGCUCGACGCCUCCAAGCUCAGCGUCACCAAGACCAAGAGCCCCAAGGCGCUGAGCAAGCCCGAGGACCUCGUCUUCGGGCGCGAGUUCACCGACCACAUGCUCGCCAUCGAGUGGAACCAGGACGAGGGCUGGCUCGAGCCCAAGAUCACCCCCUACCAGAACCUCUCGCUGGACCCGGCGACGUGCGUCUUCCACUAUGCCUUCGAGUGCUUCGAGGGCAUGAAGGCGUACAAGGACAAGAGCGGCAAGGUCCGCCUCUUCCGGCCCGACAAGAACAUGGCUCGCCUCAACAAGUCGGCCGCGCGCAUCGCCUUGCCCACCUUUGAGCCCUCCAGCUUCAUCCAGCUCAUCAGCAAGCUCGCUCAACUCGACUCGCGCUUCAUCCCCGACCAGCGCGGCUACUCGCUCUAUCUCCGUCCCACCAUGAUCGGCACGCAGAAGACGCUUGGCGUCGGCCCGCCCGGCUCCGCGUUGCUCUAUGUCAUCGCCUCGCCCGUCGGCCCUUACUACCCCACAGGCUUCAAGGCUGUCUCACUCGAGGCCACCGACUACGCCGUGCGCGCCUGGCCUGGCGGUGUCGGUGACAAGAAGCUGGGCGCCAACUACGCGCCCUGCAUCGUGCCUCAGCUGCAGGCCGCCAGCCGCGGCUAUCAGCAGAACCUGUGGCUCUUCGGCGAGGAGGAGUACGUGACCGAGGUCGGCACCAUGAACAUGUUUGUCGCCAUCAAGGACAAGGAGACGGGCCAGAAGGAGCUCAUCACGGCGCCCCUCGACGGCACCAUCCUCGAGGGUGUCACCCGCGAUUCGGUACUCGCCCUCGCCCGCGAGCGCCUCGUCCCCGAGGGCUGGAAGGUCACGGAGCGCAAGUACACCAUGAGGGAGAUUUAUGAGGCCUCCAAGGACGGCCGCCUCAUUGAGGCCUUUGGCGCCGGAACCGCCGCCAUUGUCAGCCCCGUGCGCACCAUUGCCUGGAAGGGCGAGCACGUCGACUGCGGCCUCAAGGAGCACGAGGAGUCGGGCGAGAUUGCGCUCAAGAUCAAGGAGUGGAUGGAGGCGAUCCAGUACGGCGACGAGGAGCACGAGUGGAGCUACAAGUUGGACUGA